GUGGGCACUUUUAUUAACAACCAAAAGCAUGCGGGGGGCACAGCAGUGGAGUCUACGCUAACUGCGCACUUUGCCGGUAACACUCUCCUUCCAAACAGUAACUCCCUCCCUCCUCCUCCCACUCCUCCCACUCCCAUACCAUCGCAAAGCCUCUCCCACCAUGAUGACUUCUGACUUCAACGAUAUCGAGGCGUUUUUAGACGGGCACCCGGAGGUCUUCGAGGAGUACUUGAUCCGGAAAGCCAAGUGUGAGCACAUUAGCAGGUGGCUGAGGGAGCACCAGCCCCCCAAAGUGACCGCGGCCGAUGAGAGACGCGGCGGCGCCCCGGCCAGGGAACCCUCUCUCUGGCCAGCCAAUCCGGACCCUCUCCGACGCCGGUCGUCUCACAUGGAGCUUCGGCGAAACUUCGCACGCUCCAAAGCCAGCGCGGCGCACAGGACCUACGACGAGCACGCCAGCUUCAGCCAGCAGGACCCUCAGUCCAGCAUGAGGAGACGCGCGCUCCUGCGUAAAGCCAGCUCGCUGCCUCCCACCACGGCGCACAUCCUCAGCGCUCUGCUGGAGUCCAGGGUCAGCGUGCCCCAGUACGCGUCCACCGCCACCGACCACAAGUGUCGCCUGAGGGAGACCAACGAGAGAGAGUUCUUCUUGGAACUGGUCAAAGACAUCUCCAACGACCUGGACCUGACCAACCUGAGCUACAAGAUCCUAAUCAACGCGUGCAUCCUGGUGGACGCUGACAGGUGCUCCCUCUUUCUCGUGGAGGGACCCCUGCACAAGAGGACGCUAGUGUCCAAAGUGUUUGACGUGCAUUCGGGCACCACUGUCAGACCCUCUUCUUGCACCCUCAAUUCCAGCGAGGUGCAAGUGCCUUGGGGAAAAGGCAUCAUUGGAUACGUGGCAGAGCAUGGAGAGACCGUCAACAUCCCAAAUGCGUAUGAGGACCACCGCUUCAGUGACGAGAUCGACAAGUUAACAGGCUACAAGACUCAGUCUAUUCUCUGCAUGGCUAUCUGUAACAGCGAUGGUGAGGUUAUUGGAGUGGUACAAGCAAUCAACAAAAAUCCCACAGGAAUGCCUUUCACUGAGGAUGACGAGAAGGUGCUGCAGAUGUACCUACCCUUCUGUGGAAUAUCUAUUUCCAAUGCCAAGUUGUUUUCUGAGUCUCGCAAGGAGUAUGAAAGGAGCAGGGCUUUGCUGGAGGUUGUCAACGAUCUGUUUGAGGAGCAGACAGACUUGGAGAAAAUCGUGAGGAAGAUCAUGCAGCGAGCGCUGACCCUCCUGCAAUGUGAACGUUGCUCUGUACUUCUUCUUGAGGACAUCGAGUCCCCAGUUGUGAAGUUCUCCAAGACGUUUGAACUGAUGUCUCCUUUGAGCAACAUGCAUCAUGACACCAGUAUAGAGAAACUGUCAUGUGCGGAUUGGCUGAUCAAUAACAGCAUCGCCGAGCUGGUGGCGUCAACAGGACUCCCGGUUAACAUCAGUGACGUGUGCCAGGAUCCACGGUUUGAUGCCGAGGCAGACCAAGCCUCGGGAUUUCAUAUCCGAUCAGUGUUGUGUGUGCCUAUCUGGAAUAGAACUCAUCAGAUUAUAGGGGUUGCACAAAUUUUGAACCGUCUAGACAGGAAGACCUUCAACGAUGCAGAUCAGAGAUUGUUUGAGGCAUUUGUGAUUUUCUGUGGACUUGGCAUCAACAACACUAUGAUGUACAAUCAAGUGAAGAAAACGUGGGCCAAGCAGUCAGUAGCAUUGGAUAUGUUGUCUUACCACGCUACGUGUUCAAAAGUAGAAGUUGACAGACUCAAGGCUGCAAAAAUCCCUAUGAGCUGCGAGCUUGGCAUUGACGAGUUUCAUUUCAACGACUUCUCUUUGGACAACGAUGCAAUGAUCACCGCUUCUCUUCGAAUGUUUCUAGAGCUUGGUGUGGUCCAAACCUUUAAAAUAGACUAUGAGGUUUUGUGUCGCUGGCUUCUCACCGUGAGGAAGAACUAUCGAACUGUGGCCUACCAUAACUGGCGACAUGCUUUCAAUGUGUCUCAAUGCAUGUUUGUUAUGAUCACAUCAGCCGGCUUUCAGGACAUUUUGUCCGAGGCAGAAAUUCUGGCAUUGAUGGUUGGCUGUUUGUGCCACGAUUUGGACCAUCGAGGGACAAACAAUGCAUUUCAAGCUAAGACAGGUUCUGCUCUGGCAUUGCUUUAUGGGACGUCAGCGACCCUGGAACACCAUCACUUCAAUCAUGCAGUCAUGAUCCUGCAAAGUGAGGGUCACAAUAUCUUUGCAAACCUCUGCUCAAAAGAAUAUAGCAAGAUGAUGCAACUAUUGAAGCAGGCUAUUCUCUCCACAGACCUCACUUUGCACUUUGAGCGCAGGAGCAAGUUCUUUGAGAGCGUGCUUGCUGAAGAAUUCAGCUGGACUGAAGAAAAACACAGAGAAGUCCUCAGGUCCAUGCUGAUGACAGCCUGUGAUUUGGGAGCCGUCACUCGGCCGUGGGAAAUAUCCAAACAGGUGGCUGAGCUGGUGACGAGUGAAUUCUUCGAGCAAGGAGACAGAGAAAGGUCGGAGUUAAAGCUCACCCCAGCGGCCAUAUUUGAUCGAAAUCGCAAAGAUGAGUUACCUGCGCUACAAUUGGAGUGGAUAGAUGGCAUCUGUAAACCUCUAUAUCAGUCCCUGCUCAAACUAAACAGGAAGUUGCAGCCAAUGGCAGAAGGGAUAGAUGCUAACCGAAAGAAGUGGCAGGAGCUGUGUGUGCUUAAUGAGCAUUCACGCGAUGCCUCAGUGACCAGUCAGAGUCCUGAGGCUGAAGAAGCCAGCGAAGAGUCCGAUGUGAAGUUGAAGGAAAACACCAAAGGUUGUCAAAUUGGAAGUUUAGAAGCCAAACAACUUGAAGGUUAAGGUCAAAAUCUUAAAUGACUGCAAACUUUCCUAAGCCGGUAAUUUUAAAAAACAUUCAUGACUAUUUAGUCAAAUGUGUUUUAAAAAUGUGAAUGUAAGAUUUCCUCAAAUUGAGGAUGCUUUUUCACGUGACUGGAUAUUGAAUACAAGGCAAACUCAUUCAUUUAACAAAUAUUACAGAACUGUGGAUUAUGAAAUUACCACUUGAUGAUGUUGAUGAUGAUGUGGGCUGUACUUUGAUUUUGAUACGUACUAUAUUAUGUUCACGUUUGCUCUUAGAUGUUUAUCGCUGUCACCUGCAGCAAAUGAAUCAAGAAUAUGCAGCACAUGAAAUGUUUGUUUUAUCUGCUGAGCUUCGCUUUGCUAGUGUCACUUUCAGUCUCAGGACAAGGAAUGAGUGAAAUGUCCCAAAUUCUUAUGCUUUUAUGAGCCUGGCAAGCCAGCCUGGGUUUCAACAUGUACAAAAUACAUGGCAAGUCAAUCCGGAAAAGUGUUUACCACCAUCUUGAAUGUAGAUUGUGUUCUAGAAUAGUAAUUAGAAAUGAUAAGAAUCCAGCGAUUGCAUAGACUUAACUAUUAAUUGACGGGGCGCGGGCCCAGUCAUAGGAGACUUUUUUUUUUUUUUUUUUUUUAAACUUGACAUUCAAAUAUUUACAAAACCAAAACAGCACCUACCUUAGGCAUACAUGAGUUUAUGAAGCCUAUGGCUAUUGGGAGUUUAUUAUCAAUACUGCAUAUCCAUCUGGUUCCUUGUUGAUUUCACUCAUCGAUUUGCACUGGGUGAAGGAUUAAAGUAAUGCAAAUGAUAUAGGAUAUAAUUUACAUCAUUUUCAUUGGAUAUUGUAUAAAUACUGUAUAUCUAUCAUAAGUGAUAUGCAAAACAUUUUUGAGUCGGUGCAACAUUUUAAUUUGAUAUUCUUAACAAUCUUUAUGACAUUAAAAUAAUUAACAAUGAUAAUGACAAUAAUACAAUAAAUAAUCAAUAUAACAAUACAUAAUGAAUAAACAAAUAUUAAUUUUGUAUUUUCAAUAUUUUAGAUGUGUGCAUUUAAUUUACCAGUAGUGGAAUCGAACAAAGUAAAAGUACUUUGUUACUGUACUUUACUGUAUUUUACCUGAUUACAAACAUGAAGAGGUACUCUUUACUUCACUACAUUUUACAGCACGUAUGUGUACUUUUUACUCCACUACUUUUCAAAUUGUCACCUGAGCUAAACGUUACUUUUGUUUGUUUGUUUUUCUCUCAUUGUGAAUUGUUUUGUUUUCAUGCCUCCAGCGCAAUCAAUAAGCCGUGUUCAACUAUACUGUUAUUUAGCACUAGAGGGAGCGACACGAGUACAAGCAAGAUUGGGCAGAUGAACAAGAUAUUGCCCAAUAAAAAAACAACAGUGAGAGCAGUGCACCUGAUAGUUGCUUGCAAUCCAUCAUAAAGUUAAGUUUGGGAGUUUUUUGAGGUUGUUAAGCGUCUGUUUUUAGCGUCAAUUUUAUUACUUUUUUCCAUUUUGCACAGUUGUAUUUAUAUACUGUAUAUUUCACAUUUUUGCAUCAUGAAAAACUUCUUUUAAGUUUUACUUAUAAAGACAAUUUUAAAGUAAAUAUUUUUGUACUUUUACUUGAGUAAAUCUUAUUCCUAGAUACAUGUACUUUUACUUAAGUAAAUCUUUGCCCCUAUAUCUGUACUUUUUCUUAAGUAAAAAAAAAAAUAAUAAUAAUAAUGAUAACAAUAAUAACACUUCUUCAUCCACCACUAUCAUUUACUUAUAGCAUACUAUACUAUAUUUUACACUGAUAAACUGUUAGAUGGAUAGAAGAAAAAUCAAAGUACAAUAAGACAAAAACAUCCAGUGAAAAACAAAAAUUCCAAAUAUCUGCUCAUCCAACCAAUUUUCAGGCAAUAUAUACUCUACUGUUGAGUAUAUCGUAAUGUAGUGUUACUUACUGUUAAUACCGUAUUGGCCCGAAUAUAAGACGGUGUUUUUUUGCAUUGAAAUAAGACUGAAAAAGUGGGGGUCGUCUUAUAUUCGCGGUCUAGACAUUAUACCCAUUCACAACGCUAGAUGGCACCAGAUAUCAUUGAAGCAAUGUUCUGUCAUGACAGAUCUUAGCUACUCUACUCUCAAGUUUAACCAGUUUGCAUUAUUUUAUUGCAAUGUUUUUCCUUAUUCAGAUUUGUUUCAACACUACAGUUACAGUUAGACUUCCCUUUGAUGGUUAAUGAAGUUAUUGCAAUUUUGUUGUUUAAUCACAAUAGAUUGGUUUAUUUACAAAAUUAAAAAAACAGAAGCCAUUCAUUUACGAAUGUGAUUGCACUUUAGUUUACAUACUUAAAUGUUCAGAUAUUAAGAUUUGAAUGAGUCAAAAUAACAUGCUUUUUCUCUCAAAUAUAUUGUUAUAAUCAUUUAUUUCAGAUGUACUGUAAUUAUUUUCUGUAUAAAAAUUAAUUUGGUCUUCAAAAAGUCUUUUUUUCACACUUGAGCCUUGAAAAAGAGGGGGUCGUCUUAUAAUCAGGGCCGUCUUAUAUUCGGGGCAAUACAGUAUUAUUUAGAUCAAUGCCGUAAACAAGACAUUGUGGGUAUUAUGGUGGCAUUGCUGCCAUUGUAGAAAUAUUACCCGGGGUUUGAGGUUUGUAAAGGCACUCUGGACACGCAAAAACUCAAGAACCUUUUCUGUUUUAGAUAGCAUAAGUCAGUGUCAUCCAGCACAGUCGUCCCAAAUCUCCAUAACUCAGUCAAACUGCUACUUUGGAGAUUAUGCGUUAAAUGGCUGUGACUGGUAAUAUGUGGAAAGUGAGGGACAAGGUUGAUGGAAAAAAAGUAGUCCAAGUAUCUACAGUAUCUUUUCACAGCAAGCAUAGCCAAACCUUAGUCUGCUUCUGCCUUGAGUAUUUAGAAAAUUUCAGGACCAAAAUACAAUACUUGCAUGUGACAUCCUCAUUCAUUCGAUAUGUACUUUGUAAGAGCAAUCGAUAAGCUGAGGCACAGGCAAGCAAACCGAUUCCUAGGAAUUCAUGGAAAGGGAAUGCUUUUCGAUUGCUAUUCCUAUUUCUGAACAUGAUGAAUUUGCAUCUUGACUCUUUUAGCUCACGUUUUGUCAUUUUUUUUGCAUGGCCACAAUGACAGUAUUUGUAGCUAAACUGAGCUUAUGGUCUUUAUAAGUGUUGCUGGAAACAGCGUUUUCAAAUCAGUACUGAGUGUAUAUUCAAUUGCCUGAUGCAUUAAAAAAAAAUCUAGUAUUUUUUUAUGUGUAUGGAAAGGUUGUUUCACAAUAUAUAUCUUUUUUAUUUGUUAUACAUGUAUUUUGCCAGUAUGAUGGCACAGCAUGUUUAUCACUGUUUGAAAGCUCUGCAUCUGCAUGUGCAAUGUUUGCGGAUAAUGUUUGACACUGGACAUGAUUACAAUGCCUUUAACUGCCUAAUGAGAUUUGCUAUUGCAUGUCGUUCCUUAAGGAUACAAAUAUUGAUCAUGCUUGACAUAAAUAAGGCUUCCAUUCUAAACUAAAGAGUUUUUAUUCAAUAAAUAGUAUUAAAAUACUCUUCAACUAUUUAUAAGUUGUGAUCAUAUCAAUGGUAAAGAAAAUGCAACUUAGUAAAAUGUCUCUGACAGUGAAAUUGAUGAUGUGUAAGAUGUUUUUGGUAUUGGUUUUGGAAAAAUAUGUCGCUAA